AUGACAGUAACUGCUAUCAAUAGUAGCGAUGGGUGGACAGAACCUGCCGAUUUGGGAAACUGCCCAUGCUUUGUAUUGUUAGGCCGUAUUGAUUCUAGAUACUACCAACUUUGCUACAAAGUUGUCUUGUUCGGUUGUGGCUUUGGAUUUCCUUCUUCCUUGCUGAACCACGUUUAUUUCCAGGCUCCCUUGUCCAAUUUUUUACAAGUGCUUAUCCAGUGGGUUAUUGGCAAUUUAGCUUUAACCUGGGCACUCAUGAAGCGUAAGGGCAUGGGUCAAUUUCUUGACCCGAGAAUUAUCUUAGUUGUGAUCCAUGACCGGUCAGGUCACAGAGUGUGCCGCAUUCCCAGGUAA